AACAUUUCUUCUGUAAACUUGAGUUGAACAGCUGAGAAACAAUAAGGUUAAGUACUCACAAAUAUAAACAAAUAAACAAAAUUAACUAACAAAAGGUGAAAUCUUUGAAGUAUUGAAGAAUAUCUGGUUUUAUUUAGAAAUAAAUUCAAUUAUGGGUCAGGGAAAAAGCCAAUUCACUGAAGAAGAAUUGCAAGAUUACCAGGAUUUGACCUAUUUCACUAAACGGGAGGUUUUGUAUGCUCAUCAGAAAUUCAAAUCCCUUGCGCCUGAAAAAGUGGGACAUAGUAAAAAUUCCAAGCUUCCAAUGAAUAAAAUUUUACAAUACCCAGAAUUGAGCGUGAAUCCGUUUGGUGAUAGAAUAUGUAAGGUUUUCAGUUCUAGUAAUGAUGGAGAUUGUACUUUUGAGGAUUUUCUUGACAUGAUGUCAGUACUAAGUGAUGCUGCUCCAAAAUCUGUUAAAGCAGAACAUGCGUUCAGAAUAUUUGAUUUUGACGGAGAUGACAUGCUCGGGAUGUCUGACCUUAAGAAAGUUAUAGAAAGAUUAGUUGACAAAAACCAUUUGAAAGAGUCUGAAACCCAAUUUUUAAUAGAUAAUAUACUUGAAGAAGCUGAUUUGGAUGAUGAUGGAGCUCUCUCCUUCGCAGAAUUUGAACAUAUUAUUGAUAGAUCAUCCGAUUUUAUGAGUGUUUUCAGGAUAAGGCUGUAGAAUACCUUCUGCGACGAGAAUCUCUACCAACUAGUCAUGGGGUUACUACUUGCUGCUAUUUGUAUCAAAUUUUAACAUAGAGUAAUUUUCAGCUCUUUUGUGAUAUUUUUAUAAUUUUAGUAAUCAUAAUAAUGGUAAUAAUUCCAAUAAAUGAUUUGAAAUUCA